CUCGGGUCCGACCGCGCGUCGGACGCGAAGCUGCUCUUGGAGCUGGUGGCGCUGCUCGAGUCGAUCGCCGAGCACGCGAGCGUGGUGCGCGUCCGGGAGAAGGUCUUGGAGAUCGAGGAGCGCGAGUUUGGGCCCGAUCACGUGCAGGUGGCCAGCACGCUGAGGAGCCUCGGGGAGGGGUACCACAGACUCGGCGACUACGAAAAGCAUCGCGACCUCCUCGAGCGCGCGCUCGCGAUCCAGGAGCGCGAGUACGGCAGCGAUCACGUGCAGGUGGUCAUGGUGCUGAGGAACCUCGGGAGCAUGUACGGCCGCCUCGGCGACAACGCCAAGAAGCGCGACCUCUGCGAGCGCGCGCUCGCGAUCGACGAGCGCGAGUACGGCUGCGACCACGUCCAGGUGGCCAUCACGCUGGCGAACCUCGGGAACGCGCACGGCGAGCUCGGUGACAACGCGAAGAAGCGCGACCUCCUCGAGCGCGCGCUCGCGAUCUUCGAGCGUGAGUACGGCCGCGACGACGCGCGGGUGGCCGGCGCGCUGAGGGAACUCGCGGGCGUGUACGGCCGCCUUGGCGACGACGCCAAGAAGCGCGACCUCCUCGAGCGCGCGCUCGCGAUCAAGGAGCGCGCGCUCGCGAUCAAGGAGCGCGAGUACGGCCGCGACCACGCGCGGGUGGCCACCACGCUGUUGAACCUCGGGAACGCGCACGGCGAGCUCGGUGACAACGCGAAGAAGCGCGACCUCCUCGAGCGCGCGCUCGCGAUCUUCGAGCGUGAGUACGGCCGCGACCACGCGCGGGUGGCCAGCGCGCUGAUGAACCUCGGGAACGCGUACGGCGACCUCGGCGACGACGCCAAGAAGCGCGACCUCCUCGAGCGCGCGCUCGCGAUCUUUGAGCGCGAGUACGGCCGCGACCAUCCACACACCGCG